AUUCAUAACAUAACGGUACAUAAAGGUCAUCAGUUGGUAAAAAAAAGUUCUAUAAAUCAAAAUAAAAUUUUAAUUUUAACUAAUAGGGUAGAAAAAAAAGCGAACAAAUGUAAAAAAAGUAAACGAGAUCUAUUGAUUAUAUUCUCUUUGAGUUAAAAACCCAAAGGUCGAUAUUUAACAAUUUAAAAUUCCAAACUAAUUUAAUUGCAGAUAAAAUACAAUAACAUAGUAUAUGUCAUUUGCGUUCCUAAUAAAAAAAUAGUGAUUUAGAAGUUCAAUUGCAAAUUGAAAAUAUACACGUAAUAUUCAAAUUAAUAAAAGUAAAGAAAUUGAAUCUGACACUAUGCCAAUUGCUGACAUAUUCAAAAAAGCCUCCAGUCUAAUACUUGGAGAGGAUAAGCUUGAUGAAAAAAUCGAUACCGUUUAUGAAGACAACGAAAUUCUUUUUUGCAAAAAUAAUGUAUGCAUACAUCCACCAAUUGUGGCACGACAGGAAUGUGACUUACUUCACUAUCCCGGAUACUUAACGGUAACAACGAAAACCUUUGUGGAUCAAUACAAUAGCGCCAAACGUUCAACUCUUUUGCUAACUUGGAUACCGAAUUCAUCCCUGUGCAAAUGCCCAUCGUCUGGUGAGGGAUGUCCAGCUUAUUUUAAAGGCCCUUUACCACUGACCGCUGGAGCAAAUGCUCAAAUUUUUAUUGGUGAUGUUAAUGGCGAGCGCAAAGUUAGUAGAUCCAAUACUUGUCCCACUGCUAACAACGAAAAUACGAAGGAAGACGAGACAAACACUUCAACGGUUGAUAUGCAGGAGUUGCGCAUUGAGCUACAGCCUUUAUUAGGCGGUAAAAAAGCAUCUUUGGAGGACUUGAAAGCUUUGCUUCGAAAGGAUCCCAUCACUUCGGUUAACAUAACUAUAUCAAAUCCACAAAUAGAGAAUACUAAUAUAUCGCAAACUUAUAAUUGUGUCGUGGUUGCUGAUCGAGAAAAACUUCAAUUAAAUUCUGAUGGCUCGGUAUCCGACGAUAAUAACCCGAACUGGAUGACGCCGGAACUUCUAGCCUUUAAACAUAAUCUUGCAUUUCCAGAUAGCGAAAAUACUACUCCCACUGCGAGGCGCAAAACAAAUAUCAAAUGUCGACGGUUCUCAGUCGAUUUAAGUCAAAUGCGAUCAUUGCGGCUAUUUUUUAAUGACAAUAAUUGUACAUCGGGCCAACUAGUUAUUGCUUCUCGGGAAUCACAAUACAAGAUUUUGCAUUUCCAUUACGGUGGUUUGGAUCAUUUGGCGCAAGUCCUUCAUCAAUGGCAUUGUUUUUUGCAUAAUGUCACUCAUGCUUUAGGACAAGAAAAACAAAAUUUACCUUAUCGCCAAUUCAUGGUUUGUCGCCCAGAAGUAAAGAAAUCUGAACUUCAUCCUGAUGAAGGAAAUGUGAAAAAGAUUACCACUAACUUUUUCUACGGUACCUUGCUCAAUGAAAAAGGACAAAUCGACGAUGAUCUCAUGUUAAGGAAAUGCGUAUUCUUCGGCGGAUUGGAGAAAAGUUUGCGCAAGACCGUUUGGCCAUUUCUAUUAAAAUGUUACUCCUUCUCAUCGACUUUUGAAGAUCGAGCCGUCUUGAUGGAUAUUAAACGGCAAGAAUGUGAGGAGAUUACACGGCGACGUUUAUAUUCAAUGUCGCCCGAAGAACAAAUAUAUUUCUGGAAAACUGUUCAAUGUAUUGUGGAAAAAGAUGUUGUACGUACAGAUCGUUCAAAUCCGUUUUUCUCCGGCGAAGACAACCCUAACACUGAAAUUAUGAAAAACAUUUUAUUAAACUUUGCCUUUUACAAUACCGGUAUUUCUUAUUCACAAGGUAUGAGCGAUCUUUUAGCCCCGGUAUUAUGCGAAAUACAAAACGAAUCAGAGACGUUUUGGUGUUUUGCCGGUUUGAUGCAGAGAGCAUUUUUUGUUUGUACGCCAACUGAUAACGACAUUGAUCGUAAUUUAAACUAUUUGCGUGAAUUGAUACGUAUUAUGCUUCCGCGGUUCUACGAACAUUUAAAACAGCAUAGCGAUGCUUUGGAAUUACUGUUUUGCCAUCGUUGGUUACUAUUGUGCUUUAAAAGAGAAUUUACCGAAGCUGUAGUAAUCCGAAUGUGGGAGGCUUGCUGGUCCAAUUACUUGACGGAUUACUUUCACUUAUUUCUAUGCUUAGCCAUUAUAGCAGUCUAUGCAGAUGAUGUUAUUGCUCAAAAUUUAAGGGCAGAUGAAAUGUUGUUGCAUUUUAGCUCAUUAGCUAUGUAUAUGGAUGGUCAGUUAAUAUUACGAAAGGCACGUGGAUUGUUAUACCAAUAUCGCCAACUUUCAAAAAUUCCAUGCACUCUUGCUGGCUUGUGUAAACGUUGUGGCCCUGGUAUGUGGGAUUCAGAACAUCGUCCAGCUUUAGAAUGUAUUGGCCAUAUGGAUGAUGAAAAAUGCGUUUUAGCUAUUGACUAAGCCUUUUUCAUGUCAAAUCGUUUAAAUGAAUUUUGUGAAAAUAUAGUCAGGAGUCCUUGGAUAAACGGAUAAUGCUAACGCUCAUGUGUGGUAUUCAGAAAAUUGGUCUAUUUACAUAUAGAUAUUGCUUUUUCUCCAUAUCAUGGCAGAGCGAAGUAUAUGGCAAAAUUGAAUCCAUUAUAAAAAUGCUUCGAUCCUAUUAGGCUUAUGGCUACUACUUGUUAAUUUUCAAUAUAAGUCUUCAAUGAAGGAUUCUAUGAACUGAAUGUGUAAACGCUUUAAAAAAUGUGACAAAUUUUUUCGGUUAAAUGUAUUAAAAGUUUUUGUUGAAGAAAUAUUUUUUUUGCCCACUUCCAACUGAAUGUGUAAACGCUUUAAAAAAUGUGACAAAUUUUUUCGGUUAAAUGUAUUAAAAGUUUUUGUUGAAGAAAUAUUUUUUUUGCCCACUUCCAACGAAAAAAUGCAAUUUUGUUGAUAACAACUGAUAUAUAAAUUAGAUGAUGAUUAUAUAUCAAAUUUGAAAAUGUCCAACAUGACAGGAAGAGUGGCAAAACACAAAUGCAACUGUAAAUACCGACCCACUAAAAAAAAAAAUGGUCCUGACAAAUCAACAGAAAUUCCGACAUUUGUCAACUUAUUGUAAAACUUUUCUAUAUCAACUUAGUGUUGCAUAUACAACAUUGGACACAAAACGACCAUAACUUUCCUAGUUUCUUUUUAUAUAAAAUGUUAUUUGUGAUUAUUACCAGUUUUUUUAUUUCUUCUAUGCUUUAGGAACAUUUAAUUUGAACCGUUCGAAAUAAAUAUUUUAAUGUAAGAAGCGAAAAAUGACAGUAAGAUUGAAUUGAUCGUAAAUAUUAAAUUUAAAACUAACUAUAAUUAAUACAAGACUCAGAUGAAUAAAUAUAUAUGUACGUUGAUAUAAAUAAUACAUUGGGUAGCGUUAUUAACCAAUUAUUAAAAAGAGUAUAAUAUACAAAUGCUAAGAGUUCAUUAAAGCAAAAAAUAAGAGUUUUAGUAAUUUUGAAUGUGUUUAAUGUAAUUGCUACUAUUUUUUUAUUUUGUUCAUUAAUAUUAUUUUGUUUUCUUGGCAAAAAAGCUCAUUAUAAAAUUAUAAUUUAUUAAAAAAAACACAAAAUAGAAAAGAAAAUCUAAUAUACAUGAGUACAUUAAUUUACAUGAGUACAUGUUUAUAUAUUUUUGCUUCAAAUUAAGUCUAUAAAUUAAACAAAAAUGCUCUUGUUUCAUAACAACAUCUAACU